UACGCAAGAGUCUAGAACCGCACGUCAUCUACGUGUUACGUAAUGACGUCGAUGUUGUGGGGCUCCUGGAUUUAAAAGUCGAUUGCACGUUAUUCUUUCUACUGCUAGAUGAACUGGGAUAAUCAGCUGAGCUCUAUCCUGUCAGCUGCAGAUGACAGCGUGGCCAAGAUGCGGGAAAGACUGACUUCACCAGGGAAAUUCUCAAAAGGAAGUCCAGAUCUGUUUCCGGUGAGGGAAGGGCGUUCUGACCCAGGUUUGGACCCCCUUACUCUUCCUCUCCUUCCCACCAGAGCAUCCAUGCUCCAACAGCCCUCCUCAUCUCUCCCCCCGGAGGUUCAAUGGGCAGACCUCGCUGCCAUCCAGACUCAACUGCAGAUGCAGAGCCAGGCACUUGAGUCUCUCACCAAGAAGGUUCAAAGCGUCGAGAGGGAGAGAGAUUCUCAGCAACGCCGUAUUCGCCUACUGGAAGAGGAGAUCUGCAGCCUGCGGGAAGAGUCGAAGGAGAUGGAGAGAGCGAGGGCUGACAUGAGGAGGGAUCAGAGCCCAGGGACUGAGCGGAUGAUGGAGCAGUGGAGGAGAGAGAUCGGACGCGAGCUGAGCACUCUCCGGGGCCACAUCACCAGGGCUACGUCGCUAAGCAACCUGGAGGAGAGUUUCAGUUCAAAGCUCCAGGGCGAGGAGCUGCAGCACCUGCGAAGGGAGGUAGAUCAACUGAAGGCUCGCCUUAGGGGACAGGAGGAGGACAUGUUUGUCCAGCAGUCGGAGGUCCGAGAGGCCAGGCGACAAUACGAACGCAACUGCAAGACGCUGGAGCAGCUCACAGACACUAACAGAACGCAUGGUUUGGACCUGGCCAAGACCGAGACGCAGCACACACGCACGCAGCAAGAGGUGCGCCAGAUCAGAGUCAGCGUAUCAGACCUGAGAGAUGAGGUCAGCCGUCUUAUGCUCAGAGAAGAGCGACCCACACCUGCAAGGCCGAAACACACAUCAGCUUCUUCGGCACCAGGUUCUCAGCUCCACAGCAGCCAUGGUCCGGAGCCCAGAGGUGAGCAGCCAGACUCUGACUCUGAGGACUUCAGCCCCACGCCUAGCCUGGCGGAGGUCAGCUCAGACGACCUGUCGUGGCUGGACGACCACGAACCAGCUCCUCGUCAGAAGAGAGUACCGUGCGUACGUCUCAGCACGCGGUCCAGACGAAGUGACAUAGCCGGCCCAAGCAGCGACCUGGGGGACGACGACGAGGAUGACGACAAUGAUGACGAUCUAGAUGAUGAUGACGUCCACCUAGGGCUGGGAUCGGACCUUAGCCUUGAUGACCUCUGACAUUUUUCAAAUGUCAGACUGAAAGAUAUGUUAGCUUUGUUUCAUUUGUUCCUACCAGAAGUCAGCUAUACUCAUUACUUUGGUAAAUGAUUAUGGUUAGCUUGUAAAAAAAAAGUAUGUAUUCUAAUGAUGAGACAUUUCGUUAAUUCCCAUUUGAAUGUCGUCAAGAAUCUGUUGUCCUGAAUGUAGGACAUGUUGAAUGUUGAAUUCUAAAACUUGAAACAGAAAA